AUGGCAUCAAACAAUACUCCUAACAGCCAGUCUCAAUCCUAUUUUAGCCUUCUUAACUUCCCAUAUGACAGCUUUGCUCCCAAUGUAAACACUAGUUCGUCUCAAAUCCCUGCUUUUAGUUUGCAACCUAGUUCACUGCCAACUCAACCUCCUAGUCAAUCAGAAGAGACAGCAGAACAGCGUAGGGAGAGACGGUUAUGGUCUUCACAAGAUGACUUAGUCCUGAUAAGCGCCUGGUUAAACACAUCGAAGGAUGCAGUAGUUGGGAAUUGCCAAAAGGCAGGGUCCUUUUGGAUUCGUAUAGGAGACUAUUACCGUACAAGUAGUCAUGUACGUGGUGGUGCUGAGCCUAGGCGCCCUGACCAUUGUAGACAAAGAUGGCAAAAAAUCAGUAAGGAAGUGAGCAGGUUCUGUGGAGCUUUUGCAGAGGCAGAGGGUGAGAAAGCUAGUGGCAUGAACGAUAAAUGGGCAAACCUGGAGACUAUGAACCCCACCCCAAAGACAACCAGUUUGAACAAAAGGAAAGCUGAUGAUGCUGCUGGAUCGACAGGUUCUGUGGUUGGUGAGCACGAGAGCAGACCUCCGGGCAUAAAGGCAACAAAAAAACUAAGGAACAAAGGCAAAGAUAAGGCUACACCAUCUGCAGAGUUUAGUCAGAUAUGGGAGAUAAAACAGAAGGACUCAGAGGGCAUGAAGCAACUCCAAAAGAUGUCCAUUCUUGACACUCUCAUUGCCAAGAAUGAAACCCUAGACGAAGAUGAAAAAGCGCUUAAGAAGAAGCUAAUGGCGGAAUUGUUUUAA